GCUGUAUUUCUCCCCUCCACCUUAAAGCAGGAGCUUCAUUGAGCUGUUAGUGAGACUACAGACAGAGUUCACUCCACCACCGAGGGGGAGGGUGGAGGGGCUGGAUUAUCUCUCUCAUACCGCUCCUCUUCCUGGAAUGAAGCAGAGUCUGAUAACCCCUCCCUCCUCUUCCUCCUCUCAAACACAACAGCUGCACUCUGUCCUCUUAUUUCCUCGUUCCCUCCCCUUCAGAUCUACAGUUUUGAAGCUGGGUGUAACCGACAUGGUGGUGCAGUGAGAGCUGACAGGCUGCAUUCAGUGCACAUGUUGUUUAGAUCAGAGCUCAAACUAGUUUCACUUCUCAGGAAGUGAGACUCAGACAGUCAUCGUCUCUGAGAGGUGAAAUGGCGCAGCAAGAAAAUCAGCUGGACCACGAAAGGUUCUCUUGUUCCAUCUGUCAGGAUCUACUGAAGGAUCCGGUGACUACUUCCUGUGGACACAGCUACUGCAUGAACUGUAUUAAAGGCUUCUGGGAUGGAGAGGAUGAGAAGAAGAUCUACAGCUGCCCUCAGUGUAGGCAGACCUUCACACCGAGGCCUGUCCUGAUGAAAAACACCAUCAUAUCAGAUUUAGUGGAGGAACUGAAGAAGACUGGACUCCAAGCUGCUCCUGCUGAUCACUGCUAUGCUGGACCUGAAGAUGUGGCCUGUGAUUUCUGCACUGGGAGGAAACUGAAAGCCUUCAAGUCCUGUCUGGUGUGUCUGGUCUCUUACUGUGAGAAACACCUCCAGCCUCAUUAUGAUGUGGCUCCAUUAAAGAAACACAAGCUGGUGGAGCCCUCCAAGAAGCUCCAGGAGAACAUCUGCUCUCGUCACAACGAGGUGAUGAAGAUUUUCUGUUGUACUGAUCAGCAGUGUAUCUGUUAUCUCUGCUUAAUGGAUGAACAUAAAGGCCACGACACCGUCUCAGCUACAGCAGAAAGGACCGAGAGGCAGAGAGAGCUGGAGGUGAGACGACUCAACAUCCAGCAGAGGAUCCAGGACAGAGAGAAAGAUGUGAAGCUGCUCCAACAGGAGGUGGAGGCUGUCAAUCCCUCUGCUGAUAAAGCAGUGGAGGACAGUGAGAAGAUCUUCAACGAGAUGAUCCGUCUCAUGGAGAAAAGAAGCUGUGAUGUGAAGCAGCAGGUCAGAUCCCAGCAGGAAAGUGAAGUGAGUCGAGUCAAAGAGCUUCAGGAGAAGCUGGAGCAGGAGAUCACUGAGCUGAAGAGGAGAGACGCUGAGCUGAAGCUGCUGUCACACACAGAGGAUCACAACCAGUUUCUACACAACUACCCCUCACUGUCACCGCUCAGCGAGUCUACAUCCAGCAUCGAUAUCCUUCCUGUGAGAUACUUUGAGGACGUGACGGCGGCUGUGUCAGAAGUCAGAGAUAAACUACAGGACGUUCUGAGAGACAAAUGGACAACCGUCUCUCUGAGAGGGACUGAAGUGGAUGUUUUACUGCCACAACCAGAACCCAAGACCAGAGCUGGAUUCUUACAGUAUUCAAGAGAAAUCACACUGGAUCCAAACACAGCACACACACUGCUGUUAUUAUCUGAGGGGAACAGAAAAGCAACAUUCAUGAGAGAACAUCAGUCUUAUCCUAGUCACCCAGACAGAUUCACUGGUUGGUAUCAGGUCCUGAGUAGAGAGAGUCUGACUGGACGUUGUUACUGGGAGGUGGAGUGGAGAGGAGAUGGAGUUUAUGUAGCAGUCGCAUACAAGAGUAUCAGCAGAUCAAGGAGGGAGGAUGAAUGUAUAUUUGGACUCAGCGACAAAUCUUGGAUGUUAGAUUGUAACAAUAACAGGUAUACAUUUCAUUACAACAGUGUUCAAACUCCCGUCUCAGGUCCUCUGUCCUCCAAAGUAGGAGUGUACCUGGAUCACAGUGCAGGUAUUCUGUCCUUCUACAGCGUCUCUGAAACCAUGACUCUCCUCCACAGAGUCCAGACCACAUUCACUGAGCCUCUCUAUGCUGGACUAAUGCCUUAUUCUAUUUUUAGUGUUGGAGACUCUGCUGAGUUGUGUAAACUCAGAUAGACAGAAGUCAUUUAAAGGGACAGAGGGUUAAAUUGUCAGACUGCUAAUUAGAACAAAACUCGAAUGGCGCUGUCCGGUAAUGUUAUUCCAGUUGUUGUUUUUUUUGUACCAGGCUGUAAACAUGUUUAUUUCUGCUGUACAGUUUUAACACGGAGGUCUGUGGGGAUUGACUCUCUAUUGGAGCCUCUAGUGGCCGUUAGAGGAACUGCAGUUUGUUGGCACUUCUGCAUCGGCUUCACUGCUCAGCACCGGAGGUUCCCGCUUGGUUUUAACUCUUAAACUCAUUUAGUCUCUGUGUUUGUCGCUGAUUGUUGCGUCAUGUCUUCACUGCACAGAGAUCAGCUGUCACUCAAACGUUGUGGGCGGUACUUUGACGUCGUCUCAUGAUUUGUAAAUGUUUGAGUGUCUUCAGGUGGCGCUCCGUCCUGUGUCUGUUUCACUGCUCAUGAUGAUGAUGAUGAUGUUUCUCUACAUGAAGAUGUAAACUCCUCUGAGCUCUAAAUGUGUGAUGAAUAUUCGUAGUGAUGUAUUUGUAUGUUGUUGUGUCUCUUCCACUGCAUGGCUCUGAAGAGACAAACGACAUUUGUGGUUUCCCCUACAAUUAUGCACCCGUUUGACGACGACGACUGACAACUAAUUGAGUGUUUGUGUGCGAGUGUGCAAGAGAGAGAGAGAGAGAGAAAAUUAGAAUUUCGCUCACAAUUGUAACGACAGUUUCAGCUGAAUUGUGGCUGUUUGUUAGCAUGAAUACAACGCUAUAGAAAUGGAAUGCCAGGAUUGGAAAUCACAUUCCUCGUGGUGUUUCAUCACAAAUGUGCAAAAGCAUCAAAACCUCUUGAAGUAUGUAGCUUACUUAGUUUGUUUGUUGUUCUGAGGUAUUCUAGAAGUGUAAUUAUCCUGAUUAUAAUCAAUAAGGAGAUCAUUCAUUAUUCUCUUUCACAUGGCUGAGAUUCUGGUCAAACCAGCUGAUGGUGAACAUGAGAUCAUUGAAUCCUUUAACAGACUUUACUGAUGGGAUGUGUGAACAAAGUGACGCUUCACAUGAUGAAUAAACUAAUGUGAACAAA